UCCUUUGCGAUGGCAACAAUAUUGCCCUCAUCACCAGCUUUUCCGGGGCAGCAACAACCAGCCGGAGAAGCUGCAGUCGCCAACCCUGAAGCCGUGGCGUCAUCAUCGACAUCAUCCAGCGGUUGGCAAUCUUCGGGAUCGAUCGGGCCGUUCUUCGGGGUGAUGUCCGUGCUCACUGUUCUCGCAGUCGUCUCGUGCGUGGUCGGCCGGAUCUACAGCCGGAGAGCCACCGCAAAUACGCCACUGGAUAGCAUCAAGCAGAGAAGCUGUUCGGGGUGGGUGAAGAGGCAGUUCGACCGGUGUACUGAUUACAUUCCCGCAAAGAUGGCGAGGAUGAAGGUUUGGCGGAAAGAGGGCGAAAAUAACGAUGCUGCUGCACAUCCCGAAGCUUGAUUGAUAUUUAAAAUGCCAUGGAUUGGAGUUCUUUGGUAAAAGUAGGCUAAUAAAGACAGCAAUCUUUACUACUGUGAUUGAUCAUCAAAAGGUCCUAUUUGUGAUUUUACGGUCCUAGUGUGAUUUGGUCCUCUAGUUAGGACCUUCGUUCUUGAAGGUGAAUCUGAUUCAACU